AUGCAGACCCGCUCAAAAACCCAAAACCAACCCUCCCAGCCCCCAAAACAAGCAGCCUACACCCAAUCCUCGAAUCCUGUAUCACACACGCCACAAGAACAACGAGCAACCACCGAACCGGGCCGACACCACGGCGAUACAAUUGGAGCAAUUAAACGCACAGCGGAAUCAAAACCCUCAAGCGACGAAGAACGAGCUCGUCUGAGCUCACAGCACCAGAAACACGAACAAGAACUGCACAAUGCCACCGACGUCGAUCUAGAAUACGGCGUAGAACAGCAGCCUGCGGAGGGGUAUAUUGCGGAUACUGUUCAGCGCAAGGGGAUGGGAAUGCAGCGUGCACAGGCGGGUGCGCAUGCUAGUCCAGUUGGGAGUGCGGGUGGACCUGGGCAUCCUGGUUUCGGGGAGGCGGAUGAUCUGGCGGCGAAUUUGGGGGCGAAGAGAGUUGAACAUGAUCGGGUUCUUGGUGACAGGGUUGGGAAGAGUCCGGCUGAUCCGGAGAGCGAAGGUGAGGUUGUUAGACGACGUAAGUUGGAGCAGGAUGAGAAGUUGGAUGUGGAAGGGGCCGUUAAACAGGCUACUGGUGAUCCAGUGGUGGGUAAAUAG